CGUUAGUAGUAGAGUAAUGGCGACUGCAGAUUUGUUGAGAAGUCUUAACACAGCCUGCAAAGGAGGGAAAGUUAGUGACGUCAUUGCUAUUCUAUCAAACGAUUUUGAGUCAGAUCAAAAUCCAACGGUUCUAAGUUCCUCUUUGAUCAUGGCAGCAAGUCAUGGCCAACUAGAUGUCAUCUCUGUACUGUUGAAUGCAGGGGCAGAUGUCAACUUUCAAUCAAGUAAUGAGUUCGGAACAUUUCCAUUGGGUAGUGCAGCCUUUGCUGGUCACAAAGACAUCGUUGAAGUCUUUUUGGAAUCAGGAGCCUAUAUAGACAUGGAAAGGAAGGAUGGCGGUACUGCUCUUUAUUCUGCAUGCUUUCAACGUCACAAAGAUGUCGUCGACCUUCUGCUACAUUUAGGAUGUUGUGCCAGCAUAGCUACAAAAAAUGGACGAAGUCCGCUGCAGGCAGCAGCUUAUCAUGGUGAUACAGAUGUUGUACUGAAGCUGCUACAACAUGGUGCUAAAGUGAAUUCAAAAGAAAUUACAUAUGGAACAACACCAUUACAUACAGCAGCGUAUAAUGGCGACAUUGCCACUGUUUGCAUUUUACUACGGUACGGAGCAGAUACAUCUGCAAGGACUAAUAAAGGUGGGACGCCUUUUCAGUUAGCAUCAGUAAAAGGUCACACCGAGUGUGCUUCUAUCAUUGAUGGGUGGAAUGUCACAAAUGCAUUAAAGUGUGACAUGAUUAAGCAUACUCCACCAUUGUACGUGAAACAUGAGGAAUAUGAAGAAGCUAGUGCAUCGCAAAGAAGAAUUUCUUUUCUGCAGUACAAAGAAUUGAAAGAAAGAUACGAAUUACUUCUGUCAACAUGGGAAGAAACCAAAUGUGACAACAAGCAGCUUCAGAUUCACAUUGAUGAGCUGGAACAGAAGCUUGCCGAUGUAGACCCUACAAACACUCCAGAUGGAGUUUGCAGUUACCAACAAGAAUGUGAGGCAUUCUUUAAGUCUCUUGGUGUUGAGCAGCGUUUCCUGUCACCCGAGUUUAAUAAAUGUUACUGCCCACGAUGCUACAAUGGUCGGCCCAUCAUCCUAAGGGGCAAGCCAGCCAAGCCAUAUGCAAUACCUCGAGGUUGGGUUCGCUUUGCAAUAACGGUUGAUUCUCGACUCAACGCUGAUGAAAUAUUUGACAGUUACCAUGUUGCAUUUCAUGGCACUUCGGCAGGAGCGGUGAAGAGUAUACUUGAAAGUGGUCAACUUCUUUUACCUGGAGACACAACAAGCGGUGGCUUUACUAUUCCUCAUCCUUCGGGACACAUCAAGGAUGGCAAGUGUUGUCUUAUUCCUGGUCAUAUGGAUGGCCACUUUAAAGUUGUUGCCAAACAUAAAGCAAACUGUAAGUGUGGCUGUGUUCUGUUUGAACCAACACGUCUUUUCUUUACAUCUCCGACAGUUAAGUAUUGUGAGGAUCCAGCAUAUGCCGGUCGGGGUGUUAAAUUUGGCAAGAAAAGAGCGAAAUGUGUCUUGCAAGUACGCCAGAAGUCCGACUCCUACAAAGUACUUGCUGAGACAAUAGGAGCAGGACGACGCUCAGAAGUCAUAGAUCCGCUGUUUGACAAUCGAGACGUUGAAUGGUGCACAGGUCAUCGGUAUCCAGCAAUUGUGGUGACUGGAGUUUUGAUAAAGUUAUUGUAACAGCAUAAUGGUGACUGCAUGGAAACAAUGUGCUCUCACUUACGCAUGCUUUAGAUAAUAGCCACUUGAUUUACAGCUUUACCCACUCACAUGGAUUAAUUUUGUAGCCUCACUAGGUACUUUUAUUUAGUCUGUUUGUCAUAACUAAGAAACAGUUUUCGUGACUUUAUACAUUGAGGACAUUUGAUAUGUUUCAAUUGUAAAAUGAUCAAAUUUACUAACAGUUGUUCAU